AUGAUUCGCCUGCUGCAUGUUGUGUUCGCCCAGAGCCCCGCUUUGCUUCUCCAUGCACAAGCGACUUUUCAGUCCUUGUGGGUGCUCCCGAGGCGGGACGAGACUCGAGAGCAGGUCUACAAAACUCAGUUCAGCUGCAAGCACCAGCAGCAAGGAGCUCUUCCCCACACCUUCCAGAUCUUGGGGACUGGCUUGAGUGAUAUUAAUAGCAGCGGCCUCUGCGUGCACGUCUUCGAACUGGUGUCAGUGAUGGUCUUCUUUCCGUUCUGGCAGCGGAAGACACGCAUUCCGGAUGCGACCCUCGAAGCUCUUGGGAUAAACAAGCUUUUGCUGGUGGGUAACUCCCUAGUUAACGUCAAGCUCAAGCACGGCACCGUCAUACCCGUGGAAGCGUAA